AUGGAUGACCAGACCAGAAUGCUGACGGGAUUGACCGGACUCAGUGGACUAGGACAGGGCGAUGUCGGUGAUCCAGAUGGGGUCAGAAAACAGUCUCUUGGCCAGCCUCAACAAGACAUUGGGGAUAUCCUACAGCAAAUAAUGGCUAUCACGGACGAGAGCCUGGACGAAGCGCAGGCCAGGAAGCAUGCCUUGAACUGUCACAGGAUGAAGCCAGCCCUAUUCAGUGUACUCUGCGAGAUCAAAGAGAAGACUGAUUUUACACUGCCCAGCUGA